AUGAACUAUAAAAGCAUCUGGCUGUCGAUUCGUCGGUACAGUUUCAAUUCAACACAAUGUUUGCAUCGACGGUAUUAAUUGCAUCCCUGGUGGCUCUGACCGCUGCAUUCCCAUCGGCAGACCAAGGCCGAAUCGUGAACGGACAAACAGCGACCUUGGGUCAGUUUCCGUACCAAGUUUUGCUUCGAAUCCAGUUUGCUCAAGGUCAGGCUCUGUGCGGUGGUAGCUUGUUGAGUGAUCAGUGGGUUCUGACGGCCGGUCAUUGUACGGAUGGGGCUACUUCGUUUGAGGUUACCCUGGGAGCGGUUGACUAUGAUAGCGAAACGGAUGAUGGCCGUGUGGUGUUGACUGCAACGGAAUACUACCGCCAUGAGAAGUACAAUCCUCUGUUUGCUACCAAUGAUGUUGCUGUUGUUAAACUGCCAAAACCAGUGGAGUUCAACGAUCGAGUUCAACCUGUGGAACUUCCAACCGGAAGCGAUAGCUAUGCUGAUCUUAAGGUCGUCGUCAGCGGUUGGGGACUUCAGAAGAACGGAGGAAAAGUUGCCGAUAAGUUGCAGUACGCACCGUUGACGGUGAUUACCAAUAACGAGUGUUCGAAGACCUACAGCCCGUUGGUGAUCAAGAAGACGACCCUCUGUGCUAAGGGAGACCAUAAGGAAUCCCCCUGCAAUGGAGAUUCCGGUGGUCCGCUGGUGUUGGAAGGCGGCAAGAUUCAGGUUGGCGUGGUCAGCUUCGGACAUGCAAGCGGAUGCGAGCUUGGUUAUCCGGGAGCAUUUGCUCGGUUGACAUCGUUCGUUGAUUGGAUCAAGAAGAAGACUGGAUUGUGAAGAACUACUGGAAAAGUCGGAGGUUAUGUUCGAAGGCAAUAACA